UCUUAGAUUUUGGAUUUAAUUCAUUUUUAAUGAACUACUUUCUACGACGUAUUAGAGACAAAUUUUCUUACAUCCCGCGGGAUCACAUGUGUCAUUAGGAUAUCAAUAGAACUGACAUUUAUGUUUAUGCGUCGUCCUUGAAGAUUUACAGGAUGGUUGACAAGUUUCUGAACUGCCUCCGUGCCAAACCCACUGCCAAAUAUGCGCUAAUCUGUUUCCCUUGGGCCGGUGGAGGAUCUAACUUUUAUGCACAGUGGGGGAAAAAUCUUCCUGACACUAUAGAGGUUUGUGGGGUCACUCUACCAGGGCGUGAAUCUCGUUUUGGAGAACCAUGUUCAACAGACGCCAAACAAAUUGUAAAGGACACAUGUUCUGCAAUCCUGAACAGGUACCCGGAUAAAGACCUAGUCUUCUGGGGUCACAGUAUGGGAGCACUCUUCAGUUUUGAAACUGCUCUCUUGAUGAAGAAAUUACAUCAUAAAGAACCAGUGAGAAUGUUUUGUUCGGGAGUUUCGGCGCCACAUACCCCGGAAAGGAAAAGCUUGGGAUCAAAAGUUGCGGACAUGUCUGAUUCAGAGUUUAUAGAAUUCUUGAAAAGGCUUGGGGGGACCCCAGAACAGAUGAUAUCAGACCCCGAGAUGAUGAAACUUUUCUUACCUCCUCUCAGGGCAGAUUACACGAUGCUUGCAGGUUUCAGUUCUGAAGUCUGUGGAACAGACCCGCCCUUUUCUUGUCCUAUACAUGUAUUUGACGGUCAAGACGACGUCAAACAUAAUUUAGAAGCAUGGAAGGAUAUGACUUCAGGAGAGACAUCGAUCCAGUAUCUGCCCGGGGGUCACUUCUACCUCAAAGAAGCAGCCAAUCAAAGCUUCCUCAUCUCAUACAUUUCCAAAACUCUCGUUUGAUUGGUGAACUCACGAUCUCAAGUUGCCAUAUUGGAACUCUUUUGUAUUUAAUGAAAUCACGUACAAUAGCAAUAAAAAUGUGUCAUAUCUAGA